UCAUUGAAUGUUGAUAAGUGCAUAGGAUGAAACUGGAGCCCAAUAUCUACAUUUUUUAAAGAUCAACUAAUUUAUGUUAUUCCCUGAUACGCAUACUUAUUUCUUUGAGUACAUAUGUUUUGUUGUUGCAGUUUAUUUUAACUCAGCAGGUUCACUGCCUACCACAUGCAGUGCACUGUGUAGACAUGGCUUGUACCUUUUCCUGUCUCUCGCUAGGGGACCCUGCUUUGCACGAUGCCUCGGAUCAGGCAGUGUUGUGUGUCUGUGAGCACAGUCGGGCAGCAGUCGUCGCCACUGUGCGUCGCUGAAGAUGUUGCAGCAGCAGCCUCUUACGGGCAACGGGCCCUCCAGCGGCCGGGGUCUCGGCUUGAGUGGCCACCCCGGAAUGCAUGCGCUCAACUCGGUUCAGCAACCUUCGCAGCACCGGUCCGAUGACUCGGCCCUCGAGGGCACAGAAAACGGACAUGAAAACCGCAGAGAUAUUGGUGACAUACUGCAACAAAUUAUGACUAUCACCGACCAAAGUUUGGACGAAGCGCAAGCAAAGAAACAUGCACUUAAUUGUCACAGAAUGAAGCCUGCUUUAUUCAGCGUCCUUUGCGAGAUCAAGGAAAAAACAGGCCUGUCCAUGAGGAAUGCCCAGGAGGACGAGUCUCAGGAUCCUCAGCUGGUGCGAUUGGACAACAUGCUGUUGGCAGAAGGUGUUGCAGGGCCGGAAAAGGGAGGAGGAGCUGCCGCUGCUGUGUCUGCGGCCACAAGCUCAGGAGGGAUGUCACCUGACAGCUCGCUCGAGCACUCUGACUACAAAAUUAAGUUGACCCAGAUUCGCGGUAUCUACCACACGGAGCUGGAGAAGUAUGAGCAGGCUUGCACAGAGUUCACCACCCAUGUGAUGAACCUGCUGAGAGAGCAGUCCCGUACGCGGCCCGUGACUCCGCGAGAGAUUGAGCGCAUGGUGGGCAUCAUCCACCGCAAGUUCAGCACCAUCCAGACCCAGCUGAAGCAGAGCACCUGUGAGGCUGUCAUGAUCCUGAGGUCCCGCUUCCUUGAUGCCAGGCGCAAGAGGCGCAACUUCAGCAAACAGGCCACAGAGGGUCUGAACGAGUAUUUCUACUCCCACCUGUCCAACCCCUACCCCAGUGAAGAAGCCAAAGAGGAACUUGCCAAAUCGUGUGGAAUCACCGUCUCUCAGGUCUCCAACUGGUUUGGCAACAAAAGAAUCCGCUACAAGAAAAACAUUGGCAAGUUCCAAGAGGAGGCGAACCUUUAUGCCAUGAAAACAGCCUUGGUGGUCCGGCAGGGCAACGACUCCCCGCACACUCCUAACUCCACAGGAUCUGGAUCCUUCUCUCUGGCUGGGUCAGCUGACCUGUUUUUGGGAGUUCCCCCUGUGAACGGUGAUCAGGCCGCUUACCCAAUGGGAGUGCAGGCUAACGGGAACUGGAACGGUCGUAACUCGCCCCCCGCCGGUGCCUCGCCCCACAGCGACCACUCGGACAACUCUGACUGAGGACCCUGCCCACUGGCACAGAAUGACAGCGACGGAAGAUUGAUGGCAGAAAAGACCGAACGAAUGAUCAUACACUUCCCACUUGGCUGCAGUUGUUUUUGUACAUUGUUUGUUUGGUUUGAUUAUUUGAAAUGUACGUUGUAUUUUAUUCUUUUCUUACCACUCAGCGUGGGUCAUUAUUGUGUGUGUGUGUGUGUGUGUGUGUGUUGUGUGUGUGUGUGUGUGUGUGUGUGUGUGUGUGUGUGUGUGUGUGUUGUGUGUGUGUGUGUGGUGUGUGUGUGUGUG